AUGGCUAGCAUUCUCCAGCCCAAAUCCCAAACAACGGUCUUUCUAGACCAACCACCCAGCUGUCUCGAAUUCUGCCCGGAGAUCCGUGACCACUUUGUGGCCGGCACCUACCUUCUAUCCGAGACGAAGAAUGAGAGUGGAGAAACCCAGCAAACCAAAACUGGGAGUCUACAAUUAUGGAAAUUAGACCCGAACACUAGCAAACUAUCCUUGGUACAAAGACUAGCCCUCCCCUAUGCAGUCUUUGAUCUCCACUUUCACCCAAGGGAGAAAAAUAAGUUUGCCAUCGUGGGUAGCACAGGGCUAGCGGCCUAUUUCAGCGUCUCUGAUGAUCCUUCACCAACCAUAACUCAGAUAUGGUCAAAGCAGAUCCAUGACGAUACUUCCAUUCCGGCCUUGUUUUUCGCAUGGGCCCCUCAGGCCUGGUUCCCUCGAUCAACAUCUGAUGGCUUUGCUGUCACGUUCUCGGACAGCCGCACGACUGUCUUUGGCACGGAUGGAAAUAUCGAGGAUGGACAGAUCGCCGAGUGGGGGUCUUAUCAGGCCCGUCAAGUGAUCGAGGUCUGGUUUGUUGCGCUGGCUGCAAUCAAACAGGGUCCCGGAGUGGAGAACACUGAUACUAUUCCUUUCAUGUUUACAGGUGAUGACUUUGGCUCUCUACAUACUCGCCGCUUCCAGAAUCAUGAGCAGGGUGAUGAUGAAGAGUCGCUCGCACCCCUGCUGCUUGAGCAUGAUGAUCGCGCCCGUCAUCACACGGCCGGUGUAACAGCUAUCCUGCCUCUCGGUGUCCCGAUGGUGGAUGAUGCACCUAUUCUGUUGACGGGAAGCUAUGAUGAGGGUCUACGGGUGUACCACGCCACUCGCCGGGGAGAGGUACUCGCUGAGCAAUGCCUAGGUGGGGGAGUAUGGCGGCUGCAGUUACUAUCAUCAAAGGAAGUCUCUAGUCCCAAUGACUCGGAGCAGAUUCUAGAGCGUCAUUUUGUCGUUCUUGCGAGCUGUAUGCACGCUGGGACGAGAGUUGUCCGGGUUACUCAAGGAAAUCUUGGGCAGGGUCCUGUAGAGUGGGAGUGGGAUCUUCAAAUUCUGGCGGAGUUUACAGAGCACGAGAGCAUGAAUUAUGCGAGUGAUGUGUGGAAGGGCGCGAAGUCGGAACAUUCAGAUUCAUUGCAACCGGCAGAGUUACUGUGUGUGUCAAGUAGCUUCUAUGAUCGUCGGGUUUGUGUUUGGCGAGUCAAUGUAUAG